UACUUAUAUGAUAUCAUUUAUAUCAUAUAAUGAAAUUUCUGUUUCCAGAUGUGAACCUAGGGCUGUCAAGUGCUAUGAUGUGAUAGUAGUGGGUGGGGGCAUAGUGGGAACAGGUACCGCCCUUAAACUGAAGCGAAAAUCGCCACAACUCAACAUUGCAAUUGUGGAAAAAGAAAAUGAUGUGUCUGUGCAUCAAUCCGAUAGAAAUAGUGGAGUCAUCCAUGCGGGAAUGUACUACAAGCCGGGCUCGCUGAGGGCCGAGCUCUGCGUGAAGGGCAUGCUGGAGUUGUACGAGUACUGUGAGGCGAACCGCAUCCCUCACAAGCGCAACGGGAAGCUGAUUGUGGCCACGUCGCCGCAAGAGGUCGAGUGGCUCGAGGCGCUCAUCGACAGAGGCUUCAAAAACAACGUGCCAGGCUUGCAAAUGCUCAACGCGUCACAGAUCAAGCAAAUCGAACCGCAUUGUGAGGGAUUGAAGGCCAUCUACUCGCCCUACACUGGUAUCAUCAAUUUUAUAGAUGUUUGUCGUGAUUUUGCUUGCAAGUUCAAAGAGCUCGGAGGAGAUAUUCACCUGAAUUUUAAGGUCGUCGAUCUGCAAUUAGCACCUGAAGGUGACGGAUCAACAAAGCGUGAUUGUAACAAGUAUCCUAUUUCAGUUGUUGGACAAAAUAAGGUUUUGCGUGCCGGGUUUGUACUGACUUGUGCUGGUUUGUAUGCUGAUCAAUUAGCAAAGCUGACAGAUAAAUGUGAGGACACACAAAUCAUUCCGUUUCGAGGAACUUACUACAUACUAAGUGAAAAGAAGCAGCAUUUGGUGAAAGGCAACAUUUAUCCUGUACCGAAUCCGUUGCUUCCGUUUCUCGGUGUUCACUUCACUCCCAAACUGGAUGGCAGUGUGUGGUGCGGUCCAACCGCUGCUAUUGCCCUCUGCAAAGAAGGAUACAAGGCCACCGAUAUUGAUGGAAAAGAGCUAUGUGACAUGUUGAAGUUUAAGGGCUUCCGUUCAUUCAUUUUCAAAAACUUCACCAGCAACGUAAUUGAAGUGUUAAAGUCAACAAGUAAGAGAGCGCAACUUAUUGAACUGAGAAAAUACAUUCCAGCAGUCAAUGCAUCUGACCUAUUACCAGGUCCAUCAGGAGUGCAAGCUCAAGCUUUGGACAGCUCUGGACAUCUGGUAGAAGACUUUGCAUUCUCUUCGACCAAUGACCGAAUAUUGCACUGUCUCAAUUGUCCCUCUCCUGCUGCCACCUCAAGCCUAGCCAUUUCUCAAUAUCUUGCUAACAAAGUAGAUGAUUCAUUAAAACAGCUAAAUUGAA